AUGUCAGAAGAUCGCGAAGGUGUCGUCCCCGACGGCCUCCAGACCGCCUUCAACGCCGCAAAGGACGCCAAGCUCCUCACGAUCCACGGCAUCGACGGCGUCGGCUGCGGCUGGCUCACCAUCCGCCUGCUCGGCGACUGGUUGCGCCACUGCACCAUCAACCCGGAGACCGGCAAAAGCGAUAUUGGCAUCGUCAUCUACUCCUUCAAACACAACUUCAGCUACUAUGCCGACCACCUCGCCCCCUUCGACAUCGACCUCGCAUGGCACCUCGAGCAGGGCCACAUCCAUUUUGUCGGCAACCAGUUCCUGCCGCUGGUCACCGAUCACAACACCACCCCGCCCACCCCGCCGUCUCUGACCUUUGACGCCUCCCUCGAAGUCGUCCAGGACUUGGCACACGAGAUGCGCGAAAAGUUUGAGCGCACCGUGCUGCUGCUUGACAACCCGGAGAUGGGCAUGAUGCUGUCCAGUGACGACGACGACGUGCGCGUCGCGAAGUGGCUGCUCGCCAUUGACAGCGCGACAUAUCUUUACCACAAUGCCAUGGUCUCCAUGGUGGUCGAAUUCGCCCACCCCAUCCACUUCCCUGUUACCGACAGCACGGCCGACGCGACCGCCUCGGCCGUCUGCUCCCUCAACCUAAACUCCCAAAUGGCCGUCACCGUCCGUCCCAGCGACGGCUUGACCGGCACCGGCAAGGACGGCCGCGUAUCCAUUGUGUACCGCAUGGGCUACGAGGUCGAUCUCGGCGGCGACGAGGGAGGACCGACGGACGAGGACCACAAUGCCACGGUCGGCAGUAGCAGCAACGUCAAAAUUGAGAUCCUGGGCCGUCCAUUCCGACAAUCCAUCAAAAUGAAUGGGGACACCGACGAUGACAAAGACGACGACGACGCGUCCAGCCCGGGAGAAUACGUCACCGACACGAUCACCGAACAUUUCGCCAACGGGACGUUACACAUGCCGACGACAGAACCGACAUCAGACAACGAGAGAGAGGACACAGGUACCUCCAGUUUCGGUAAGCGCCACAACAAGACGCACACUCUGUGCCGUCGUUGCGGUCGCCGCUCCAUGCACGUCCAGAAGCACGAGUGCUCCACGUGCGGCUACCCUGCCGCCAAGGUCCGGAAGUACAACUGGUCCGAGAAGGCUAAGCGGAGAAAGACCACCGGCACUGGCCGCACUCGCUUCCUGAGCGGUGUUGCCCGGCGGUUCAAGAACGGUUUCCGGGUCGGCGCACCGGCCGCGUCCCGGGCAGUCCGUGCUUAA